AUGGCGGCGCUCGAACAACUCGUGCAGCUGCUUGUGGCUCUACGCACUGAGGGUUUUGACAGUCCAGAUUUAGCACUCGCACUACGAACACUUGCACAUCUCAAGGAGAUGGCCAUCGGGCUCUACCGUAACGGUAGUGAGCUGCUCCAGAAGGGUAUUGCUAUUGACUUCUCCCAAGGACAAGGUCCUACAUGGGAGUGGGCCAAUACCCUGAAGGAGAAAAUGAGGGCCAACCUUGAGAUCGCCAAGGACAGGCUCGAAUUUCUAGAAGCUAUGGUGCAGAUGGAGCACCUCAGCGAUGAGGUGCCCUGGCAUGCGGGCUUGGCCCGGCGCCCGGCCAAACCGAAGCGGCGUCAGUGGGAGAAGGUGGUCACCCCGAAGGCUGCAGUGACCAGUAAUGACGGCCCCUCGUGGCUGAAAAGGGCCAUGAACGGCGUCGGAGUGGCCACCCAGCUGUUCCCAGAUCUGAGGGUACCAGCCAAGGGCCUGUUCCUCACUGGGCCAACAGGCAAUGGCAAGCCAAUUCUGGCCAAGGCAGUGGCCCACGAGUCUCACUGCACGUGCCUCAACAUCGGUGCAGCUUCGUUCACUUCUAAAUGCCUCCACACAAGGAAUGAAGAGUGGAUUCUCGUGAUGGCUGUCACAAACAGGCCUCAAGAGUUCGACGCUGCUGCACUAAGAGUUACUUACACGGUGCUGGUGUAA